GUAGAUGACAGAGGAUACGGAAUCGCCUCACCUCUUAAAGGUCAUUUACGCUAUGGUGAUCCAUGGAGGCCAAGAAUACAUUAUGCCUUACUAACGAGUUUAAUCCCAGUCAGAUUGGUGUCUACUGCAGCAAUGUCUUUCAGCCGUCGCAGUUGUAGAAAAAAACAACCGAAAAGAAAAAUGAACCAUAGAGGUUCAUUUCUUUGUAUUGACCCCUACUGCAUCUCCGUUCUGAAUAUGAAGGCUGAACAUAGCAGGGAUACGGUUUCUGCUUAG